UUUUUUCGUAAUUACCAUGUGAAUGUGAUGUCAUCGUUUGUACGGGAUGCUAAUCUAAAAAUACAGUAGGUAGCUAGCUAGCGAUGCUAGCUAACUAUUUAUCUAUGAUGAGCAAAUAAACGGCGUAACUACCAAAUUAGCUGGUAGUUAGCUAACUAAACGUGUUUGAAAAUGUCUUUUAAAAGAGACGGCAAUGAUCAGAGUCAGUUAAACAUCUUAAAGAAACGGCGUGUUGCAGAUCUGCUCUCUAAUUUCAUUCCAGAAGAUGAAGCAGCAUUGAUGAAAAAUGGAAGAUACACAUGCCUCGUGUGUUCAUAUCGUCCCGUUUUUGAUACAGUUGACAUGUUAACAGUACACAGAAAAGGGAAAAAACAUCUCGAAGGGAUGAAGUGGUUUUACGGAAAGAAAACACAACUGAAAAAUGAGAUAUCUAAACGACAACAUGAAAACUUUAUUCAAGGUGAAGAUAGUAGACAGGAGUCCUCUAGUUCAGCACCCUUGUUGACACAGACCCGUAAACUCACUCAUCAUGCCUUACUGAAGACUGUGCCAUACAACAGUUGUCACAAAAAGACCAGCACAAAGACUGAAAAAGGAUCAACUAGUUCCAGUCCAGAGUGUGAAAUCAGGCCCUCUGGCACAGGACUAUCACCACCACAUCUGUCAGGGAGGACCAUAAGCAAUACAGACAUCAUGUCAUUGCCCAGCUCCAACCAUACCACUGCAAGUCUCCCCUCUCAAGAAUUGUGUAAGAAGCCAGCCAAGACUCUGAAGACUGAACCUUUGACAGCACAGAGGAGAAAAGAGAUGGAACACUACCUGAAAUUAAAAAGUGCCGGGUGGCUGCAGGACAGGAGUGGCAAGUGGAUAAAGGAUGAGAAUGUGGAAUUUGAAUCAGAUGAAGAUGAACCCACUUUGCAUCCCUCCCCAUGUGACUCAGUAGGAAACUGACUAGGUCAGUGACCCGUCCUUAACACCACUUCAAUCCCUAGGCCAUUUAUCCAAACAUGCUGGUUAGUGGUGACACAUUGAUUCAAUGUCUGUUGUGUACGGCACUGCCUCCUUGCCUCCUUUGUUUAGUUUUUUCUUCAUUUUUUUUAUCAUUAUAAAAGAUCUGAUUUUGACUGGCACCUAUAGUGCAUCUUGAAUUUAAACUACUCAGCACCUGUGUGUCAUUCUGUUUGCCCAGUUUGGUCCCCUG